AUGGCUUCCAUCCCCACAAUCUUGGAACAUGAAGAAAUCAUAUCCAUUCCCACCACCACUCCACGAAAGACUUUCACGCUCCCGGUAGAUUCCGAGAACAAAGCCACAGAGAUGAAAAUAUUCUCUGCGGCUCAACCUCACAUGAGAGCUUUCCAUCUCUCAUGGCUUUCUUUUUGCACUUGUGUUAUCUCAACCUUUGCAGCUGCCCCUCUUGUCCCCAUUAUCCGGGACAACCUUAACCUGACACGAUCUGACAUCUCUAAUGCUGGAAUUGCCUCCGUAUCUGGAAGCAUCCUCUCUCGCCUUGUCAUGGGGGUUCUUUGCGACCUUAUAGGCCCACGGUAUGGUUGUUCGGUGAUCAACUUACUUACGGCCCCAGUGGUCUUCAGUUUCUCUUUUGUCGCGGAUGCUGGUGGAUAUGUGGCUGUUAGGUUCCUAAUCGGGUUCUCAUUGGCUACGUUCGUGUCUUGUCAAUAUUGGACUAGUGUGAUGUUCAAUGGGAAGAUAAUCGGUGUGGUGAAUGGCUUAUCCGCGGGAUGGGGUGAUCUAGGAGGUGGGCUAACUCAACUCUUGAUGCCGGUACUCUUUCAUAUCAUAAGUGAGAUGCUUGAAACCACACCAUUUACGGCUUGGAGAAUCGCUUUCUUUAUUCCUGGAUGGUUUCAUAUAAUUGUUGGCACUCUUGUUUUGGUUUAUGGCCAAGACUUGCCCGAUGGAAACUUUUCUCAAAUUUACAAAGAGGGUCGAGCUUCAAAGGACAAAUUCUCUAAGGUAUUCCAUAAUGCGAUCGCAAACUAUAGGACAUGGGUGUUUUUCCUGAUUUAUGGAUAUUCAAUGGGUGUGCAAUUGUGCUUGAAUAAUGUCAUUUCUGAAUACUUUUAUGAUAGGUUUAGUUUAAAGCUCCACACGGCCGGUGUAGUGGCAGCCAGUUUCGGGGUGGCUAACUUCAUUACACGUCCAUUUGGUGGCUAUCUAUCCGAUAUAUCAGCUCGUAAAUUUGGAAUGAGGGGAAGGUUAUGGACAUUAUGGAUCACACAAACUUUAGGAGGAGUUUUUUGCAUAUGGUUAGGCCGAGCCAACUCUCUACCGCUCGCUAUCUUUUCAAUGAUGCUCAUGGCCUCAGGAGCACAAAUGGCUUGUGGUGCGACUUAUGGCAUCAUUCCUUUCGUUUCACGACGUUCUCUUGGCAUUCUAUCCGGUUUAACUGGUGCCGGUGGAAAUGUUGGUGGUGGUUUAACACAACUAAUCUUUUUCUCUGGCACUCGGUUUUCAACUGCGUGGGGACUAACAUGGAUGGGUGUGAUGACCGUGGCUUUAACGAUUCCGGUGGCUUUCAUCCAUUUCCCACAAUGGGGGAGCAUGUUUUUGCCCGCAUCAAAGAAUGAAAAAUACAAUGAAGAGUAUUAUUAUAGCUUGGAGUAUAGUGAAGAAGAGAGGGAGAUGGGUAUGCACAUGGCUAGUAUGAAGUUCGCCGAGAAUAGUAGGGCGGAACGUGGCAAGAGAAUAAUGGUGGUUGCCGUCGCCAACACCCCGCCGAAUACCACCCCAAACCACCAUGUUUAA